AUUCGAAGAGGAACCACGCGAGAAAAUGCUAUCAAAAUCAUUAGAACAGGACUCGUCUCAUGAACGAACUUCUCCUGCGUUGACAGGGGGCAUGCUCGGAGGAGGCGCUGCAUCUUCAUUGGAACAUAUUCCGCAUGGCGUUCCUCCAAGGGAGGACAGAGAGCAAACGGGAGACACGCACCAGACUGCUCAAGAAUCUCUCAUGCCACGUACAACUGGCGUUUCUGUGCCUUCAGACGAUACCGAAGAAAAUCCAACAUCUUUUUUCACCACUUCAGUACCACUAUCGGCAUCUAGUGUAGUGAAGGAUCCUCCGCGCAGUUGGCCAGAAGGCGACCCAGCACGAUCGAAUUACGCGAGCAUGCACUUUGAGAACACUUCUCAGGAACCACGACCUCCUAGUAGUAGUGGACAGCAGGGGGACAAUCAGCCAGUUGUACCUCGAGUCGUCACCACUCUGCCACCUGUAGAUAGUAGCAAGAGAAGUAACGUUGCAGCUGCAGCGUCUAAUAGCGCACCAGACACUAGACGAGAAUCAGCAUCAGCAUCUCCGCCUCAGUUUUCCGGUGAUGUUCCUGGUCUUCUCAAACCGAUGAGGCAACUGAGCGUGGAUAGUAGCACUCAGCGUCAGCAAGCACAAAGUAUCGCUGGGGGAAAGGGACACGGAUUGGAAAAAGAAAACUCCUUGGGUAGGGACUCGUCUGCAUUUGGAGGUGGAAGCGACUUUCUACCUACCGGAGGAGCUGCUAGUAGCGUUGUAGAAG